AGUGAUUGAAUGUGGGGAAAAAUCGAAAUCGAAAUUUGUUAUUUAGAAAAUUUUCAAAAGUCGCUGACUAAGUGAAUCUAAGUGAAUUGAUUAUAAAACCCAUGGAUAUGAAAAAGUAAAAACAAGACGCACAAUUCAUAGUGAGGCAAAUACAUAGUUGAUGGUGCACAUGCGAGUAUGCGUGUAUGAAUAUUUGUUCGCCACCCACGCAUAUAGUUGAAGAAGCGACGGCUUGCAGCCUCACUCAGGCAGCGUGUUAGCGAAAAAAUCGAUAUUUCUUGAAUAUUUACGUAAAGUAUAAAUAAAAUGCAAAGCAUGUGGCAAGUGCAGGGCAAAGUGAAAUUUUAGCAUAAAGCCAAUUUAAAAACAUACGUUCAGCGAGCAACCAGGCAGCAAAGCCUUGCUAUUAUUUUGUGAGAGUCUAUCGGCGGAGUGAAGUUUGUGCAAAUAAAGUUUAUUUGCGCAUACGAGCACUCGUACUCACCUACAUAUAAGUUUUAUUCAUAGCGGCUGUGUUCGGGUGUGUUUUUGUUUUUGUGUUUGGAGCGUCAGGCCUGUGCUGCAAUGAUGGAUGGUGUGACCGCGAAUGCUGAAUUGAAAGAUAUGUCCGACUCCAGUGAUAGGCCGAGUUCAGCUUGUGACAGCAGUGGUGCAGUCUUGCGUAACUCAAAGAAUUUGACGGCAUUACCGCUGGCUCAGCAGGCCAACGAGCACUCGAAUGAUGAUGAGCAGUUGUUUUGCGCAACAGCAACAAAAACAACAACAGCCGCAACGACAGCAGCCGCCGCUACCGCUACCGCUAACGCCACCGCCGCAGCAACAGUCACAAAUAUGUCUUCGCUGUCAUCGACGUCCACCACGUCUGCAGCGCUCCCCGCUGCCGUGCAUUUCUUGGCCAGCUUCCAUCAGAUUUGUGUGGUGACUGCUCUGCUUCCAUUGGUGACACUAUUCACCUGUUUCGUCACCGCGUACGUCUUCCAAUAUGACGAUGUGCACGAAACGCAUUGCCGUGUCUACAACGUUGUACCAUCGAUAAGUGCCAUUACCGGCGUCAGUCCACAACGCUACUUCUGGCGCCUGAGUAUUGCCUUACACAUCGGACCACGUUUUCCCAUCGCCUUCGUGUAUAAGAAUUAUUACCGCAGUUUGUUGGGCAAUUUGCAGCAACGUCGGCCGCAUCUGGUGGCGAAGGCCGAUAAAAUGAUUACGUUAAUUUUAGUUUUGAAUAUCAUCGAAAUUUCAUCGUUGGGCGGCGUCACCUACAUUUCGAAUAGAGAGAAUUACCCAAUUCACGAAAAAAUCUUCAUUACAUUUAUGGUUUGCUCACUCUGCUACAUGUUGGCCACAAUCAAAUUGCACGGCAUACUCUUCGAGGAUGAAAGCCAACUAUUGCCCCUACAACGCGAUUCAAUCAAAUGGAAGAAAAUACUUUUCACCACCUCCAUUAUCAGUACCGUUGGUUUGUUGGUAUUUUUUGCCAAACACCGUUUCUACUGUCAUGAUUUGGCAUUCAGUUGGUUCGCUUUCUUCGAGUACGUGAUCGCCUUUGCGAAUAUGCUUUUCCAUUUCACAAUCAUUUGGGAUUUCCCAUCGCAAUUUAUGCUAAUCGUGCAGGGAUCGAGAAAUAAAGUUGAGGAAAUGAUCGGUCGAGUGAGCGCGAAGUGGGAUUAAACGCAAUCGGAAUUACAUACGUAGGCCGUUGAUAUUUCACGAGAGCACGAACAUGUACACGAACACAUGUAGAAGGUGCUCGUGUGUAGUAUUCGUUGUGACUUGGAUAUCAAGCGUUAUACACACAAUCAUAUGUGUGUAGGUAUGCAGUUGGAUUCGGUGGUUUGGUAACGGAAUAAAUCAAUUUAUUUUGAUUUGUUAGUGCUUGACAGACGUGUUUGAGUAACUUCGGAGAGCGCGCUUCCACUGUGAAUUAUCACCAAUUCAUUUUUUUAAAGCAUUUCUUUUUGUUUUCGAGAAGUAUAUACAGAAAUACUAGUGCAUAGAUAAGCGUAGUGUGAAGGUAAAAGUCUCCUAACAGCAGCUUGCGAAAAGCCAUAGUUAAAUUCAUUUCAAAACAUGCAAAUAUAUUCACAAGAAAAUGUUUGUAUAUAUAAAUUUAAUUGCACAUAUUUAUAAAUAAUCAUAAAUAAUUUAAAUUAUUUUCGAAAUAAGUUUUAAAAUACAAUAACACUUUUA